AUGGCAUUUUCGUCCGGACAGUAUUCUCUCCAAAGUUCAGCCAUGACUUUUACAAAGAGAACACUUUUCUGCUUCAUCAUUGCAGUUAUAGCCACUUCCACGCGACUAUCCAUGGCCACUGUGUAUGAGGUUGGAGACUCACAAGGUUGGACCAUUAUAGGGAAGGUUGAUUACAAUCACUGGGCUUCUACGAAGAAAUUUCAAGUCAAUGAUACCCUGAUCUUCAACUACAACAAAUACCACAAUGUGAUGCAAGUGAGCAGCCAAGAAUAUGAGUCAUGCACAGUUACAUCUCCAAUAGCCACUUUAAACACAGGCAAAGACUCUUUUACACUUUCAGCCCCUGGCGAUUACUAUUACAUCUGCGGAAUUCCUGGCCAUUGCCAAAUUGGCCAAAAAGUUUAUAUAAAAGUUGGUUCUCAAACAAAUGGAGCAUCACCCCUUUAUUUCAUGUGGUUUCCCAUGGGCUUGUUAGGGCUUUGCUUCUUCUUGAUUUUUUAG